GACGCGCCGUGAGAGAGACACCCGCGGCGACACGGCUAUUAAAUCCAAUUAGAACGAUAACGAUGCCGAGUAGCUCCGGGACGAUCGACCGGCCGACGCCGAUGUAUCGACGCGCCCAAUCGUCCGCGUCACGAUGCCGUGAUCGCAGCCUUUGACAUCGUUGCGUCAACUUGUCGGCCACCUAACGAGGCUGCUGUCGUCGCUCGCAGGUAGACGGACGGACGGACGAGCUAAGCUAACGAGGGAGCGAGCGAAGGUUGCGAAGGAGUUGACGCGCGCCUCUCUGUCGCGGCGGCCGGCACAGCUCGGCGACGACGAUGAUGGCGUUGGGAAGCUUCCGAUGGCGCGUCGCGAUCAUUCUUAUCACCGCGAUACUGCUCUGGCAGGCGUCGAGGAUGUGGAACGCCGCCAUCGCCAUGCGAGGACUCGAGGAAGCGGAGGAAACGGCGGCGCCGUCUGGCCAGAGGGAUGAGCCGGCUCAACAGAAGGUACACUUGGCCGUGUAUUACGAGGCUUUGUGCCCGGACUCGCGCAGUUUCGUCGUAAAACAACUGAUGCCGACGUAUCGCAAACUGUCAGCGAAUCUGGAUGUCGAGAUGGUGCCGUACGGCAAGGCGAAGACCAUAAAGACAAAUGACGGAUACGAGUUCGUGUGUCAGCACGGACAGAUCGAAUGUCAAGCAAACAUCAUACAUGCAUGCACCAUUGAUGCCAUUAGAGACCCGUCGAAAAGUUUAGACUUUCUGGCUUGCAUGAUUGAGAAUAACAUUAAUCCGGUAGAGAUAAUGAAUACAUGCGCCGUGAAGCUGAACACGUCCGUGGAAGCGGAGUCUAUUAGGAGAUGUUCAGGCACUGGCAAGGGCAAGGAACUGCUGGCCAAGUACGGACAGAUGACGAAUUCACUCGUACCGCGAGUGUCUUUCAUACCGACGAUCACUCUCGACGGGAGCUCCGACAACCAAGUGAGAAUACUGAAAAACCUGCUGAAGGAGGUGUGCCUGCAUUUCAAAGUCAUGCCGAAAGAGUGUCUGUCGUGAGACAGACUGGUUGCUUAGUGCAAACAUAUCCGCAUAAUCAUCGAAUUUUGUUAUCGCGUUAUAUGACGAAAUCUAAAGAGAGAGAGAGAGAG